UCUUGUUACUCCGUUCCACGCUCUCCCCCCCAAUUUUCCCCCUUUAACAGUGUCACUGCCACUGCCACUGCCACUGCCUCUGUUCUCUUCGUUGAGCAAAGGAAAGGAGAGGAAAGGAAUUUUGGUUUUGGUGAGAUCGGAGGAGUGAUGGUGAUGGCUGAGAAUGAGGCUGGGGAUGACCAGAGGGACCUCAAUGUCAAUGGAGGUGGGCCCAAGUCCCCAUGGAAGACUCCGGUCACGGUCGACGCCAAGGCUGCCGAGGAUGCUCCCGUCAUGGGGGCUGAGUCCUGGCCUGCUCUGGCCGACGCCCACAGGCCCAAAAAUUCAGAUGCGCCGGCGAAGCCGCCAGUCGCAGAGCCGUCUCCUUUGCCUUCUCAGGGAUUUGUCAUGCAGCAGAAGUCAAAUGGGUCUGGAAAUUCUAAUGCUUCACACAAGCAUUCAUCAUCACAACAUCACCAAAAAGGCCCUAGGCGCAACCCAAAUGCUGCACCUCCUUUUCCAGUACCCUUACCUUACCAUCAACCACCGCUUCCUCCUGUUUUUCAUACUAUGGUACAGCAUCCACACAUUGCUGCUUCUGGGUAUGCUUACCAGCCAUACCCUGGACCCAUUCCAAGUGUUGAAAAUCAUAUUGCAAAAUCUGGAUGUGAGACCCCAGUGCAAGCUUUUGUGCAACCAGUUCAGCCUCAACCACGAGGGAAUCCAAAUGCUUAUAGUGCCAAUUUUUCUACCAGAAGACCCAAUUUGCCAGAACCUGGUGGCCAUUGGAAUCAUACUUGGAAUCAUCAACGACCAUUUAACCCCAGAGAGAACAUUCCUGUGCAACAGGGUGUUGGACCUAGGCCUUUCUUAAGACCUCAUUUUUUUGGUCCAGCUCCAGGAUUCAUGGUCGGCCCAAGCAUUCCUGGUCCUGCACCCAUAUGCUAUCUUCCAGUUCCACCACCUGGCGCAAUUAGAGGACCUCAUCCUCCUCGCUUUAUGCCACAUCCUUUAAAUCCAGGGGCUCCAUUACUACCCUCAGAAACACAUACAUUCUCUUUGAGGGACAAUAUUAUUAAACAAAUAGAGUAUUAUUUCAGUGAUGAAAAUCUAAAGAAUGACCAUUACCUAAUUUCAUUGAUGGAUGACGAAGGAUGGGUUCCAAUAACCACGAUUGCGGACUUUAAAAGGGUUAAAAAAAUGUGUACCGACAUAACGUUUAUCAUUGAUUCACUGCUGGGUUCAGCUACUGUAGAAGUGCAGGCUAACAAGAUACGGAGACGUGAUGAAUGGUCAAAGUGGACCGCAGCCUCUGCAGACUCUAUGUUAACAUCCAAACCGCAAACUUCCCUGGUUCAACAUCAAGAAAGGUCUAUCAAUGCUCCUGAGAAUAGUGAUUCCAUUGAUGAUGGAAGGAACACCUCCGAAGAAAAAGCUGAACUUGCAUCAGAUGAAAAAACUUUGAUGUUGUGCAUGCCAUCAAACACCAAACAUGGCACUGAUGGUGUUCAGGUUGAUGGAGGAUCACAAGAUUAUAAUGCUGGUUUAAGUGGAAAGUUGACUUCUAAAUCAAAUUGCGAUUCCUCAAUUGUCAAAAUGAAUCAUGACUCAGACUGCCUAGACCACUCAGAGGGAAUUGAAAGUGUAAGACUUGAUGAUGAUGGGGUGGAAGGCAUGCCGUCAGAUAUGGAUAUGAAGAAUGUUGGUGACCUGUCUAAUGAUUUUGCAAACACAUUUAUGCUGGAUGAAGAGCUAGAGCUUGAGCAGAAAAUAAUAAAGAAGGAUGAUCUUUCUCCCGUUAGAAGAAGUGGUGUCCAAAGGAUUGAUGAUGAAGAUGAUGAGAUUGUAGUCAAUGAUCAGGAUGUCCAGAGACUUGUAAUUGUCACUCAGAAUAGUAGAGUCGGUGAAGGAUCUAAAACUGGAGAUAACGAAUCAAAAACCAUUUCCAAUGAGCUCGCAUCUGCUAUAAACGAUGGACUUUACUUCUAUGAGCAGGAACUGAAAACCAAGAGAUCAAAUCGUAAAAAGAACAGCUCCAGCUAUGAAAAUAGAGAUGCAAACUCAAGAUUAUCAAACGUUGGCAAAGGCUUUUCAAAAUUAAAGCCUGGAGAAAUAUCUAACUGUAGUGUUGGCAUUGAAGAGUCAGGAAGUGCUAAUUCCCGGAAGAAGCAAAGUAAAAACUUCCAAAAUCAGCAGUCGUCCCAUAGACAGAGAUUCUUCUCAAGCAACUUUAGAAAUUAUGGAACUGCUCGGAACUCUCUAGGAAUCAUAUCAGAAAGUCCACCAAGUAACUCUGUUGGCUUUUUCUUUAGUUCCACGCCUCCUGAAAGUCAUGGACCAAGGUCUUCAAAAUUGAGUGUUUCUCCCCAUGGGUUUCUCUCGAGCAGUAGUCCACCGAUGGGUUCUGUGCCAAAAUCAUUUCCACCAUUUCAGCAUCCAAGUCAUCAGCUUCUAGAAGAAAAUGGUUUUAAACAACAGAAGUACCUAAAGUAUCAUAAGCGUUGCCUAAAUGACAGGAAGAAGUUGGGAAUUGGAUGCAGUGAGGAAAUGAAUACUCUGUAUAGAUUUUGGUCUUAUUUCCUAAGAAGCAUGUUCAACUCUUCAAUGUAUGAUGAGUUCCGGAAAUACGCACAUGAAGAUGCUGCUGCUGGUUAUAAUUAUGGAGUCGAGUGCCUUUUCAGGUUCUAUAGUUAUGGUUUGGAGAAGGAUUUUAGAGAGGAUCUGUAUAAGGACUUUGAACAGCUCACAGUUGAGUUUUACAAUAAAGGCAAUCUCUAUGGCCUUGAAAAGUAUUGGGCAUUUCAUCAUUAUCGUGAACAACGGGAUCAGAAAGAGCCUCUAAUGAAACAUCCAGAAUUGGAUCGUUUGCUCAGGGAAGUAUACCGUAGCUUGGAUGACUUCCGUGCCAAAGAGAGAGCCACUAUGAUGAAAUAGAGGAGUCAUCAGUAGCCAGUAGCAAGUAAUGCCUAUAAUCAAUCCCCCAGCGACAUUGAAUUGAUGGCAUUCCAAUUUUGAAAGACAAUUCUGACAGCUUUACGAGGGAGACAAGUCGCAGCUUUUUUAGGUUUGGAGGCAAAGAAAGGAGAUGAUUUCUGUAUAUUAUGUAUUGAUGGAUUUUACACCUUGUGAGGGAGAGAGGGCUGCUGACUGCUCAGUUUUUUGUUCAAGGUUUUUCGGGCGCCCAGCUCUAUCUUUUAUUGGAGUUAUCUGCAAGCUUGAAGAGGUGCCUCUGCUUUUUCUCGAUCAUUUCAGUCCUCUGGAUUGUAACUUGUACAUAGGAAAAGAAAACAAUUUUGUUAAGGGGAAAAAAAACAGAGAGUGAGAGAGAGGGAUGGAAAAGAAAACCCAAAAGAAAGGGAACUUGUAGUUUAGACCUUGUGAAAAUUGACCAAUAAAUGACUGAUAUUGAAUUUGUUUUGUUAGUUCAGCA